ACAUUGUAAUUAUUUUAAUUAUAACCGUAAAACCGUAGUUAUACAGUUUGAAAUGAUAUUAUUAAACGUGAAUACAAAAUCUAAUGCAAUUUAUUUUAAAUGAAUAGCGUACAUGAUAUUCUAAUCUCUUUGCAUAUCAUUAGUCAGCGAUUUUCAUUUUGGAGGUUAACGGUGAUUAGACUCACGUGACAGCUUAACCUUUCACAAACGUCAAAAGAAUUCAACCACGUGGAAUCCACGAGAUCUUGAAAUAAAAAUCCUUCAGAGGGUUUAGCUUAACUGAACUAACGUCGUUGUACUUUGCCGCUAUUUUCAUUGAAGAAUUCUUGCCGAAUCAAUAAUUUUGGUAAUUCGAACUGCAUCAAUCUGAUAAUUACAUCAAAGAAAACAAAUUGGUGGACAUUUUCUACUUGUUCUUUUUUAAAGAUGUUGACGGAAAGUCGUUUUAAAUUCGCUCUCGAAAGCUUGAAGAAAUAUGUGAUGAUGGAGAACGAAAAAGCCUUUCUUUUUAGCCCGGAUCUCAUAUAUCAUAAUCUACUCAUGAUAUACUUUGGAGUUCGAGACGAAAAUUUUCUUAGAGAGAUCCUUCACAUUCCUGAUUACAUCUCUAGAGCCGUCAUCAAACAAUAUUAUGCUUUCGGAGGAAACUUGCAAUUUUUUAGAAUGACUGAACCUGAGGAUCCCUACACGCGGUGUGCAAUUUAUAGCAGAUUUUGGAUUAGUAAAACCAAAAAUAUAAAAAACACGACACACGAAUUAUUUAAUUCUCACCAUCAAGUGAUGGAUUACGUUUUUGCUAUUAAUCCCGAGAGAGGAAGGAAGUUCGUCAAUAACACCAUUACAUGCAUAACAAAACACAAAAUAAAGAACCUAUUACCACCCGAUAGUAUCAAUAGAAAUACUGAAGGAGUUCUAUUUAACGCAUUAUACUGCAAUGGUGAAUUAGACGGCAAUUUUGAGCUUAACAUCACUGACAUCAAAGAUCAUACGUCACAAUAUUUAGGCGCACGUAUCAUUGAGAUACCAGUGAAAAAAAGGAACAUAUCAACGUUUUUCUUAUUCCCACGCUAUUCGGACAAAAAUAAUGUACAAAAAGAUGGGAUUAUCCAAUUGAUGGAACGACUCACGACGGAGGAAACAUCUCUGAAACUUCAUGAAUUUCUGGAUAAUCGAUUGCGAAUUGCUGGAUCACAAAAAAGAUCUCAAAAAAAGCACCCGCUUCCAAUAUUCAAGAUCGAGGAAGAGCUGCGAACGAACGAGCUGUUGGAAAUAUUAGGCAUUCCGGAACUUAUACCACGCGGCACGAUCGAGUUGGUCGAUUUCACCAAAGAGAGCCUGAAGCUUGGUGACAUCGUGCAUCGAAUCAACAUUGAGAUGACGAAGAAGAAUUUCACUGCGUCCGCGAGUAAUGCAUUCUUUACCAACUGCUCUUGUCAAUUCGAGCGGACACACAUUAAUAAGAGUGUAGCCCGUAAUAAAUGUAUCUGUUUAAUCUACAAUAGAUUUCAGCGCAACAUUCUUUUCUGUGGUGUUGUAUAGAAAAGUAAUAGAAGUAAAGUCACAGAUAAAAUACUAUGAAUAAUGAUGGGGAACAUAACUUAACUCCUAAAAUGCUAUUUAUAUUUUUCUUAUUUUAACUACUUUGUGAAUAUUCGAUCAAAUGUAAAUUUAUAUAAUUGUACAUCAAGUAUAUCAACAUACAAAUUUUCUUUCUUGUAAUUUCUGUUCAUAUAUGUAUAGGAAAAUGAAUUUAAAAAAAUAAUAAUUA